AUGUGUCAGAGAGACGGUCUCCAUGCCGGGGUUGCCUUUUAUGUCCACGUAAUGUGGGACCCGGGGGAACUCCUGAGUGAAAGAAGUGGGGCCUCUACCACCAUCUUUGUUAGGCAUCGCCGAAUUUACUUCAUCCGAAUCGGUUUCGCCAGUGCUAAGCCUGAAACUAGCAUCAUCCAGCCGGGCAUUAUCGAAGAAACUGGAUCGGCGCGGCAGGGGAAUAUCAAGGAGUUUCUUGGCGAGCAAUUGUGAGGGAUGCCAGCGAUGUAAGAACACUUGAAUGGAGCCACGGGUAGAACCAGUAUUCCGAGAUGUGGUCCGCCGUGCCGCCUCGCCGUUCAGUAUCCCAGCAGAAGGGGCACCCGUUUCGAAGAAGCGGUCGUCGAUUGGAAAUCGUACCUGCUGCCCGUUGAAUGGACCAGAUCUCUUCCCUCCUGCACCCAGGCCAACUCUCUUUGCUUCCUUUUCUCUUUCCUGCCA